UAAAUUUAUUUAUUUUUUUAGAUCCAGAAGAGGCAAAAAAUUGCUUGGAACAGCCAGAUACCGGUUUUUGCCGAGCAUAUUUUGAAUCUUAUUACUACGAUCCAAAAAAAGGUGAUUGCUUUAAAUUUGUGUAUGGAGGAUGUGACGGCAAUGGCAACAGGUAUACCACCUACGACGAAUGUAUGAGUACAUGUAGAGAUGUGAGAGUAUGGGAAUCUGAUUCAGAUGUGUGCAGUUUACCUUUUGAAUCUGGUACUGGCUCUGACAACGUGAAGAGGUACGGUUUCAACAAUGCUUUGGGAGAAUGUACCAGAUUUGUCUAUACCGGCGAAGGUGGAAAUGGAAAUAAUUUCGAAAGCUUAGAACAAUGUCGAAGAGCUUGUGAAAAACGUAAGACAAACACAACUUUGAUGGAUAAUUCAAAAUUCUUUAUUUUGAUUUAAACUAACCUGGCAACU